AUGUACACACAGACACAUGUACGUACAUACACACAAACACACACGUACAUGCACACACAGACACAUGUACAUACACAUACAUUUACAUACACGCAGACACAUGUACAGACACACAGACACAUGUACAUGCACACAAAACACACACACAUCCCCUAAAAGUUGCAGUACUUCUAUGUUCACUCACAGAGCCGGGUACUGCACUCUAGGGGGAGGCAGAAAGCACAGCACACACUCCUUGCUCUGCUUUCACUGCGCUCAGCUAUUGAGCAGUCUGACGGCUCCCAGUGCCAAUGACAGAUCCGGCCUGAGCUCUGAGCCUGCUCAGCAAGACGGCCCUGGAGGACACACUCGCCCCCACCAUAAUUUCCACUCAACAUUGGCGAGCAGGCGAGUGGAAAUUUCAAGGCCUGCUGUAAACUAUAUACUG